UGAGAAACACAUCGCACCUUGUCUUGCACACGGAACAGGGAGCGAUAUCUUCUAUUUUAUAUACACCGAAAAAAAAAACUAACUAACAUUUACUUUGGAGAAUUUCUUAAGCUUGAACCGUUUUGUACUGAAUCUUAAUUGGUUGUUGGCUCCAUUUUGAUAAUUUUUUUUUUUUUUUAUCUAUUGGGACUUGAUCUAUUGGAGAUCCGCAUACGCAAUUUUAUCGCUCCCAUUUCUUCUGCUCAUUCGACACCGAUGCAGUGAUUUUUUUUUUUUUAUUAAUUUUUUUAAUCAGAUGGAAGCCUGAAUCGAUGUGGAGGAAAUCAACCAGAUUCAUCGGUGAGGUUAUCCUCUCAAGGGGCGCACAAUGGUCCAUUUCUCAAGAUUAUGGAUCAGUAUGUCAAAACGGAUGUGAAUUGAAGGUUUGUGAACACUGAGGGCCCUAUUCGGGCCUGCACGUUAACUUUGCAAAGUGUACUUUUUGUCUACGUUUGAUUAGUGCUGACUUUAGGCCUACACAAUGACUUUUGACUAGACUUAAAAGACCCUGACAUUAAUGACUCUGUAUACCCCUAAUGGACACUCUGCUGUACAGCACUACACAUGGCUGCAAUUUAUAGAUACUUUGAUGACUUGGCCCCACUGUAGCACAUCUGGAUCUCACUGAAGUUUUUUUUUUAAGCUAAACAGUAGCCUUAUUUUUUAUUUUAGUAGACCAGUAUUUGGGCCUUAGCGACACCCUUUAUUGUUCUGAUUUGUAUAUUUAGAUUUUGAAAAAGAGUUGGCCAUAACACAGGCCUUCUCCCUCUCUCAGUGAACAAUGAGUAAAUUACCUCAAAUGCAUAGCAGUCCUGUAUGUUAUAGGGAGCUCUGUUACACUUUAGGAGCACAUCACUAAGAGAGCUGAAUCAUUUUAGUUUUCGAUUAGUUCUAUUGUUAGUUCUAACUUCCUUUACUAUUCACAAUGAGCUUCUCAAUGCGGAACGGCGCACAUCUAAUCUGGAUAGGCUUACUGGUUUGUUGCCUUGUCGACAUGGGGGCCAGUAUGGAGUUCACCGGCGCAGAAGGCCAGUGGGCACGGUUUCCUAUGUGGAACGCCUGCUGUGAAAGCGAAAUGAGUUUCAACAUGAAGACCAAAAGCGCUCAUGGACUUUUAGUGUACUUUGACGACGAGGGAUUUUGUGACUUCUUGGAACUGCUCAUCCACAACGGUAGACUCAGUUUGCGGUUCUCCAUCUUCUGCGCCGAGCCGGCGACGGUGCUGUCCGAUACCGCCGUCAAUGACAGCCGCUGGCACGCCGUGACCUUGCGCAGGAAUUUCAAAAACACUAUGUUAGUUGUGGACGAAGAGAUCAAGUGGGUGGAGGUUAAGUCGAAAAGGAGGGACAUGACGGUCUUCAGCCAUUUAUUCUUAGGAGGGUUACCUCCUGAACUGCGAUCUGUAGCAUUACGCCUCACGUCUUCAGCCAUCAAAGAUCAGGUCCCCUACAAAGGAUGGAUAACCAAUCUGAGGGUGAACAGUUCCGAGCCGCCGCUUAUCGGUAGCGAGGGAGUCAACAGCGACAUUUGCGAAGCUGACCACAUUUGCCUGAACGGAGGAGUCUGCAGCAUCGUCAACGACGAGCCCAUUUGCGACUGCUCCAAAACGGGAUUCCAGGGAAAAGACUGCAGUGAAGAGAGAGAAGAGUAUGUGGCCACCUUCAAGGGUUCAGAGUAUUUCUGUUACGACCUGUCCCCGAACCCCAUUCAGAGCAGUAGCGAUGAGAUUACGCUCUCCUUCAAGACCCUGCAGCGCAAUGGACUGAUGCUCCACACCGGAAAAUCUGCAGACUACGUCAACUUGGCGCUGAAGAAUGGUGCCGUCUCGCUGGUCAUCAACCUGGGCUCUGGGGCCUUCGAGGCCCUGGUGGAGCCCGUCAAUGGAAAAUUUAAUGACAAUGCCUGGCAUGAUGUGAAGGUUACCAGGAACCUUCGUCAGCACUCAGGCAUUGGACACGCUAUGGUUACAAUAUCCGUGGAUGGAAUUCUGACCACCACUGGAUAUACACAAGAGGACUACACCAUGCUAGGCUCGGAUGACUUUUUCUAUGUCGGGGGUAGUCCCAGCACUGCCGAUCUGCCCGGAUCCCCCGUUAGCAACAACUUUAUGGGCUGCCUGAAAGAGGUUGUGUACAAGAACAAUGAUGUAAGGCUCGAGCUGUCUCGACUGGCCAAGCUAGGCGACCCCAAAAUGAAGGUGAGCGGUGUGGUGGCCUUCAAAUGUGAGAACGUGGCUACCCUAGAUCCUGUCACCUUCGAGACGCCAGAGUCAUUCAUUACCCUUGACAAGUGGUCCGCCAAAAAAGCCGGUUCCAUCUCCUUCGACUUCCGCACCACUGAGCCCAACGGGCUUCUCCUCUUCAGCCACGGAAAACCCAAACCGCAGCAGCAGAAAGACCCCAAGAGCCCCAAAACCUUAAAGGUGGAUUUCUUCGCCAUUGAAAUGCUGGACGGCCACCUGUACCUUCUACUCGACAUGGGCUCGGGCACCACCAAAACCCGUGCCGUCAACAAAAAAGUCAACGAUGGGGAAUGGUACCACGUGGACUUCCAGAGAGACGGAAGAUCAGGCACCAUUUCCAUCAACUCGAUCCGUACUCCCUACAACGCUCCCGGUGAGAGUGAGAUCCUGGACUUGGACGACAUACUCUACUUGGGCGGCCUGCCAGAGGACCGUGCCGGUCUGAUCUUCCCUACGGAGGUCUGGACUGCGCUCCUAAACUACGGUUAUGUGGGCUGUGUGCGAGAUCUGUUCAUGGACGGCCAGAGCAAGGACAUCCGGCGUAUAGCGGAGGCCCAGAGAGCUGUCGGGGUGAAGCCGUCCUGCUCUAAGGAACCUCCCAAACAGUGUCUAAGCAACCCCUGCCUGAACAGCGGCACCUGCAGAGAGGGCUGGAACCGAUAUGUAUGUGACUGCUCAGGGACGGGCUAUCUGGGACGCUCCUGUGAGAGAGAUGCCACCAUCCUCAGUUAUGAUGGCAGUAAGUUCAUGAAGAUCCAGUUGCCAGUAGUGAUGCACACAGAAGCAGAAGACGUGUCGUUGCGCUUCCGUUCCCAGCGUGCCUAUGGUGUUCUCAUGGCAACCACCUCCCGGAACUCAGCAGACACUCUGAGACUGGAGCUGGACGGAGGGCGUGUCCGACUCACUGUCAAUCUAGACUGUAUCAGGAUAAACUGUUCUACCAGUAAGUGACUUAUCCCCUCUCUUCCUCUUCUCUCUGCCUCUAUGAUACUGAACCAAAG